AUACAUUUUUUUGUUGAACACCUUUCAGUGAUACAUUAUUGUACACUAAUUACGAGCAAAAAAGAAAUGAUAAAGUUUUUGAUUUAAAUAAAGAAUAGAUGCCAAAUUGACAACUGCAUACGCGUGCAGCAUAUCAUUGGUUGAGUAAGGUUUGAGUGUGUGUGUGUGUUAUAAAAAGCUACACUAAUCAUCAGUAGACUCUAAGCCACCGCCAGAACUCAGCUCUCUGUUCUAAAGCCAUGGCCGAGAAGGGCAAGAAAAAGAUAACUAUGAUGAAGUUGAAGGUGGAUCUUGAUUGUGCCAAGUGUUACAAGAAGGUCAAGAAGGUUCUUUGCAAGAUCCCUCAAAUCAGAGACCAAUGGUUCGAUGAAAAGUCCAACAUAGUCAUCAUCAAGGUGGUUUGCUGCAGCCCUGAGAGGAUCAUGGACAAACUCUGUUCUAAAGGUGGCGGCUCUAUUAAGACCAUUGAGAUCAUCGAGCAACCCAAGCCACCACCGACACCACCCAAGCCACCACCGACACCACCGGUGGUGCCGAAGCAGCAAGGGCAGCCCGUAGCAAUGUGUUGUUGGCCAUACUACGACGGUUGUGGAGGUGGACCAGCGUUCUAUGGAUACGGAAUGCUGCUGCCACAACCAUACGAGUACUAUGGCCGACCAGUCUGCGAUUGCUGGGGAGGUGGCCCACCACCUGGUUACCGACCAUGCCAUCUCACCAGAUGCAAUUUCUUCAGCGAAGAAAACCCACAAAGCUGCUCCAUCAUGUGAUAUAUAUGACUCAUCUUCCUUUUCAAUCUUUUAAAAUCUUUAUUUUCCUUCGAAUCUUUCCUUUUCCAAUAGAAAUAAUAAAACAAUGUUAUCUAGAUGUUUACGUGUAAUGUUGUGUAAGAGAGGAAUAAGGAAGGAAGGAUCGUAUUUUGUAGAUUUUGUAAUUGGUAGCCAUUUCCAUCUGUAAAUGUAAACAUUAUGCAAAUAAAAAUAAUCUGUUUCAUUC